ACCCCCACACACACACACACACAAUGGAAGGCCUAAUACUAUUAAGGUCAAGACCGACCCUGCUUAAGGCUACUUUCCCCCUGCUGCGCACCUGUUACUAUCAAAGACCGGUUCCUGCUGCCCUCAUCACUUCUGCUGCUUACACAUCUGCUGCCCCUACUGCUGUCCCUGCCGUGCCUCUGCCAACCCAUGCCAGGGAGCACGUGGUCACCAGCCCCCUGCCCCCCGUGACCCUGCCCACCGGUGACCUGCCCACUCUUCUCUACCAGCGCCUCGAGAAGUAUAGACACCUGGACGCGAUCGAAUGCGUGGUUACGGGGAGGAAAUACACGUUUGGGGAGGUUCUGGACUUGGGGUUGAGGUGGGGAGGAAUCGUCAAUAGUGUCCUUCCUCCCCCUUCGCCUUCCUCCCCACCUGCCCCCCGAAGUGUGGCUCUGCUCUCCAAAAACAACCCCGAGUUCCCAAUCAUCCUCUUGGGCACACUGGCGGCGGGGGCUUCCGUGGCCACCAUUAAUUGCAACUAUACGGCAGAGGAGGUCGCGCGACAGCUGGCGGGGUCCGAGGCAGGUAUGCUGGUGACGGACCCCCAGCUUGAGGGCGUGGCAACAGAGGCGUUGGCGAAGCUUGGGAAGAACCUGCCCGUGUUUGUGAACGGCGCGUCGAGCGGAGGUCACGCCAGCAUCCCAGAGCUGCUGAAUGACCCCAACAGGCCCUACUGCGAUCUGGUGGAGUCGCCGCCUGAGUCCAUGGCCGUCAUGUUAUUCUCCAGCGGGACCACGGGGCCUCCCAAGGGCGUAGUAUUGCCUCACCGAGCCUUUACCUCCAACUUAGCCAUGUUCACGCACCCGGACAUUCUCGGCUUCCAACUACCUGCAGAGGGAGAGGAACAGGAUACUGUGACCGGCCUAAUGCCCUUCUAUCACAUCUACGGCCUCUAUGUGGUUACUCUGAUCAGUAUGCACCAAGCAGCCAAGGUGAUGUCGUUCCCCUGCCUUGACGCCGCCACCUUCACGAGAGUCAUCCGGGAACAGAGGGUAAGAGUCAUACACCUGGUGCCACCCACGCUUAAUUUCCUGACCAUGAGCAAUCAGGUGACCUCGAAUGACCUGGCCAGUGUGCGGGUUGCAAUGUGCGCAGCGGCCCCCGUCCCCCCAACCGUCGCCAAGCUCUUCAAGGAUAAGGCUCCCAACCCCGUCAUUUUCCAGGAAGGUUUCGGCAUGACGGAGGCACUGGGGACCCACAUGACCCCGCUGAACGAGGAGCAGCUGGGCUUCUGCGGCAAGGUGGUGCCCAAGGAGGCCAAGGUGGUUAACGAGGACGGCGAGGCGCUACCAGAGGGACAUCGAGGAGAACUGUGCAUCAGGAGCCCGUCGCUGAUGACGGGGUACUACAAGAAUCCCCAGGCUACCGCUGAAACACUGGACGCUGAGGGCUGGCUUCACACUGGCGACGUAGCGGUACACGAGGACGGUUUCUUCAGCAUCGUCGACAGGAUUAAGGAGCUCAUCAAGGUCAAGGGAUUCCAGGUUUCCCCCUCGGAGCUGGAGGACACACUGCUCCAGCACAAGGGCGUGACAGAUGUGGCGGUGGUGGGAGUUCCCGAUGACCGCGCCGGGGAGCUUCCAAGAGCUUACAUUGUGAAGUCCUCGGAGUCCUGCAGCACGGAGGACAUUCACGGCUUCCUACGGGAUAAGCUGGCGGACUUCAAGCAGCUUCAUGGAGGGAUUCGCUUCGUGGACUCCCUCCCCAAGAAUCCUACGGGGAAGAUCCUGCGGAGGGAGCUAAAGGAGAUGGCAGCGGAAGAUAUUGACCCCUAAUUUUGUAUGCGAGUAUCUGGUAAUGGUGUUCAAUUUCCUCCGUUUUCUUUCUUUCUCCUUUUCCUCGUUUUCUUUCCUUUCCUUUUCCUCGUAUUUUUCCUCUAAGCCCUCUUUUUCUUUCUCUUCCUCUUUCCUUUUUUCCUUUCCUCGUGUUUUCCCUCGCUUAGCCCUGUCUUUUCUUUCUCUUCCUCUUUCUUUCUCCUUUUCCUCGUGUUUUCCUUAUUAGCCCUUUCUUUUCUUUCUUUUCCUCUUUCUUUUUCCUCUCCUCGUAUUUUUCCUCUAAGCCCUCUUUCUCUUUCUCUUCCUCUUCCUCUUUCCUUUUUUCCUUUCCUCGUGUUUUCCCUCGCUUAGCCCUGUCUUUUCUUUCUCCUUUUCCUCGUGUUUUCCCUAUUAGCCCUUUCUUUUCUUUCUUUUCCUCUUUCUUUUUCCUCUCCUCGUAUUUUUCUUAUAAGCCCUCUUUUUCUUUCUCUUCCUCUUUCCUUUUUUCCUUUCCUCGUGUUUUCCCUCGCUUAGCCCUGUCUUUUCUUUCUCUUCCUCUUUCUUUCUCCUUUUCCUCGUGUUUUCCUUAUUAGCCCUUUCUUUUCUUUCUCUUCCUCUUUCUUUCUCCUUUUCCUCGUGUUUUCCUUAUUAGCCCUUUCUUUUCUUUCUUUUCCUCUUUCUUUUUCCUCUCCUCGUAUUUUUCCUCUAAGCCCUCUUUCCUUUUUUCCUUUCCUCGUGUUUUCCCUCGCUUAGCCCUGUCUUUUCUUUCUCUUCCUCUUUCUUUCUCCUUUUCCUCGUGUUUUCCCUCUUAGCCCUUUUUCAAACAAACAGAAGGCCAUCCGGUGUGUCGUGAGGCCGCGCCGUACAAAAUACACCCACCCACACUUCCUUAAGGCCUCCAGCCCCGCCCACUUUCCGGCCGCCAGACAGGCCACAUCUUAGUGUGUCCGCCUUUUGCUCUGUCUUUUUAUUCUCCUCUUUCUUUUUUUUUUUUUUUUUUUUCCUCCUCUUUCUUGAUUCCUUUCCCCGGGCGUGAGGCGGAGGAGUGAUUUGAUCCGCUGCUGUGAAUCUAUUACCAAUGCCUUCAGGGAACGAAUGAUAAGACAGGACAUUGUGCCUUUGUAAUAAUAAUAAUAAUAAUAAUAAUAAUAAUAAUAAUAAUAAUAAUAAUAAUAAUAAUAAUAAUAACAAUAAUAAUAACGAUAGCUGAUAAUAGCCACUUGUGCUGGACUCGUACUUAAGCAACUGCCGGCAAUCACCACGCGUUAAGUACCUACUUGACGCGUGGUGAGGAGAGGUAGAGGUGAGGAGGUAGAUUUGUGGAAGCUGAGGUGAGGAGGGAUAAGGUGAGGAGAGGUAGAGGUGAGGAGGUAGAUUUGUGGAAGCUGAGCUGAGGAGGGAUAGAGGUGAGGAAGGAUAAGAUGAGGAGGGAUGGAGGUGAGGAAGGAUUAGGUGAGGAGGGAUAGAGGUGAGGAAGGAUAAAAUGAGGAGGGAUAGAGGUGAGGAAGGAUUAGGUGAGGAGGGAUAGAGGUGAGGAAGGAUAAGAUGAGGAGGGAUAGAGGUGAGGAAGGAUAAGGUGAGGAGGGAUAGAGGUGUGGAAGGAUAAGGUGAGGAGGGAUAGAGGUGUGGAAGGAUAAGGUGAGGAGGGAUAGAGGUGAGGAAGGAUAAGAUGAGGAGGGAUAGAGGUGAGGAAGGAUAAGAUGAGGAGGGAUAGAGGUGAGGAAGGAUAAGGUGAGGAGGGAUAGAGGUGAGGAAGGAUAAGAUGAGGAGGGAUAGAGGUGAGGAAGGAUAAGGUGAGGAGGGAUAGAGGUGAGGAAGGAUAAGAUGAGGAGGGAUAGAGGUGAGGAAGGAUAAGGUGAGGAGGGAUAGAGGUGAGGAAGGAUAAGGUGAGGAGGGAUAGAGGUGAGGAAGGAUAAGGUGAGGAGGGAUAGAGGUGAGGAAGGAUAAGAUGAGGAGGGAUAGAGGUGAGGAAGGAUAAGAUGAGGAGGGAUAGAGGUGUGGAAGGAUAAGGUGAGGAGGGAUAGAGGUGAGGAAGGAUAAGGUGAGGAGGGAUAGAGGUGAGGAGGGAUAGAUCUGCGUUUUGCCAGGCUGUCGUACUUCGCCUCUUAAGUUUUCCGAUUUCCGACCCCGAACUGUCACCUCCACUGCAAUAGCUACGCUUAUUUAUAUUUUCCUUUGAAAGGUUUAAUUAUUAGUGUCUUUUUGAUAUAGUUAAGUGUUUAAAACAGUAAAUACGGUGCUGAAUACGAUAUUAUGGCAACUCUGCCCUCCAUAGCAAAAGAUUAAGUAUUAGUUAGAAAAUAUUGCAGGAAAUACAUCACCUCACAUUCAUAUAUCUCUAUACAAGGAAUGUGGGUAGACUACGAUACCACUGUAAAUAAUAAUCGUCAUGUAUUAUUACUUAAGGAAACAGAUACAAUAAAUGAUAUUUUUAGUUAUUUAAC